CAAUCCCGCGUGUUUUCUCGGAUCGACAAAAACAACGUCCUUGCUCAGGGUGGGGGCCUGGGCCGGCUCGAACCGGCGGGAACCAGAAACGAUCAGCAGCAACAGCUGAACUCGAGCUCGAGUAGCCUCACCCUUUUCAAGAUGGCUAGCGCAAUCAUGCUGAAGGGACUGAGUUUGGCGGCGGCGGCGGUGAGAGGGGGAUCCCGCCCGCAAAGUUUGUUCGCCGCCUGCAAACUGCACACGACCUCUUCGAGUCCAAGCACAGCGAACUCCGAAGACAGGGCAACUUCAGGACCACUUGGGAAGCGUCUGAAGGACCAGGCAGAGACGGUGAUCAUUGGGGGAGGAUGUGUUGGGACCAGUCUGGCGUACCACCUGGCCAAGGCCGGGCAGAAGGAUGUGGUGCUGCUGGAAAAGACAGAGCUGACGGCUGGGUCAACAUGGCAUGCGGCUGGCCUGACCACACUGUUCCACCCAGGUAUCAAUGUGAAGAACCUGCAUCACUAUAGCAUCUGGCUCUUCAAUGAGCUGGAGAAGGAGACAGGGCAGAAUGUAGGUUUCCAUACGCCAGGAAGUAUCCGUAUCGCGUCCACGCCCACACGAGUGGACGAGUUCCGGUACCAGAUGCAGAGGCAGGGCUGGAACAAGGCGCCGCAGUGGCUGCUGACACCAGAGGAAGUACACCAGAUGCACCCUCUCCUCAACAUGGAUAAGGUUUUGUUGGGCCUGUACAACCCUGGAGAUGGCCACAUCGAUCCCUACUCCCUCACCCAGGCAUAUGCCAUUGGUGCCCGGAUGUACGGGGCAGACAUCUACCAGAAGACCAUGGUGAUAGGCCUGAGCAUGCGCAGUGAUGGCAGCUGGAACGUGGACACACCUCAUGGCACCAUCCAUGCACAGAGGGUGGUCAAUGCUGCUGGUUUCUGGUCCCACGAGUUAGGACUGAUGACUGGGUUUGAGCUGCCACUCAUCCCCGUCCAUCACCAGUAUGUCAUCACCGGCCCUGUGCCUGAGCUCAAGUCUCGCACGCAGGAGCUGCCCGUCAUACGCGACCUGGACGGGUCGUACUACCUACGGCAGGAGAGGGACGGGAUCCUGAUCGGUCCGUAUGAGAAGGAGGACAGGAUGGAGCUACAGGACCAUUGGAUCAAGGAUGGGGUUCCUCCAGGUUUUGGAAAAGAAUUAUUCGAGUCAAAUCUUGACCGCAUAUCGGACAACUUGGAAGCCGCCAUGGAAAUGGUGCCUGUGUUCCGUGACGCUGAAAUCUCUCGCAUUGUCUGUGGACCAAUCAUGUACACUCCUGACAUCCUCCCACUGAUGGGGCCAUACAGGGCACAGGGGGUCCAGAACUACUGGUGCGCUGCAGGGUUUGGGUAUGGAGUGAUCCACAGGGGUGCAGGGAAAUACCUGACUGACUGGAUCCUGAAUGGGGAACCGCCUUAUGAUCUCAUAGAACUGGACCCCAACAGGUAUGGAGAGACGUGGUGUGACAGACAGUAUGUGGCGGAGAAGGCCCGGGAGUCGUACGGGUACAACAACGCCGUCGGGUACCCCAAGGAGGAGCGGUUUGCAGGUCGCCCCACAGCCAGGGUCAGCGGGAUCUACCAAACACUGCUGGACAAGGGGGCUGACAUGGGCUUCCAUGCAGGUUGGGAGCAGCCCAACUGGUUUGCUAAAGAAGGUGACACCCCCGGCUACCGUCCCAGCUUCAGACGCACCAACUGGUUCUAUCCGGUCGGGAGGGAGUGCGAACUGGUUCUAUCCAAGGCUGGGGUCAUUGACCUGACUCCGUUCGGAAAGUUUGAGAUCAAAGGUCCCGAUUCAGUAAAGUUUCUGGACUACCUGUGUGCAAACAAUGUGCCAAAGACUGGGAAGACUUGUAUCAGUCACAUGUUGACUCCUAGAGGACGGGUGUAUGCUGAGUUGACCAUCUCCAGACUAGGAGAGGACCGAUUCUUCGCUAUUACAGGAUCAGGAUCGGAGUUCCAUGAUCUAAGGUGGAUAGAGGACCAUGCCCUGAAAGGAGGCUACAACGUCACCAUCUCCAACAUUACUGAUGAGAUGGCUUGCCUCGGCAUUGCUGGCCCUCGUUCCAGAGACAUCCUGGAGAAGCUGACCUCAGGUGACCUGAGCGAGGACGGGUUCAAGUUCCUGGCUGUCCAUGACAUCAGUCUGGGGGGAGUGGAUGUCAGAGCUAUCAGGAUAUCUUACACUGGUGAGCUGGGCUGGGAGUUGUACCAUGCCAGAGAGGACACAGCCCGGUUGUAUGAGGCCCUGAUGUCGGCAGGACAGGAGUUUGGGCUGGGCGACUUCGGCACCUACGCCAUGGGCUCCCUCAGGCUGGAGAAGGGCUUCAGGGGGUGGGGGGCUGAGAUGACAGUUGACAAUAAUCCUCUGGAAGCAGGCCUGGAUUUCUUUGUCAAACUCAACAAGCCUGCAGACUUCAUCGGUAAGGCGGCCUUGCAGCAGCUGCAGCAGGAGGGUCUGACCCGGAAGCUGGUGUGUCUGACUGUGGAGGUGGAGGAGGACGGUCCUGAUGCUGAGGGGAACGAGACCAUCUGGCACCAGGGGGAGGUUGUUGGGAACACCACAUCAGGAGCAUAUGGUUACCAAGUCCAGAAGUCCAUAGCCUACGCCUACGUUCCUUUGCAUCUGUCGGAACCAGGCACCGUGGUGGAGGUGGAGUUGCUAGGCAGCCACCGCCGGGCAACAGUGCAGCAGGAGCCUCUGGUCCAGACAGAACCAGUUCGGACAAGACUUGCCAGGAAAAAGUCAGCACAGACAGCCAGGGGCAAGGUCACCAUGUGAUGGAGUCUGACUGGAUGCAAUACUGCUAG